CUCUCCCGUGUGUGUGUGUGUCUUUUGAGGAGAACCGGCUCUUAAUUUUUAUAAUUUACUUUGUCAUGUCACAUAUACAGUUAAUAUGCUUUGUGCUGUUUAAGAAAUAUGUUUUUAUCUCAAGGCCACAGAAUAUUCUCUUUUUGUUUUUCUAUAAAUGUCAUUAUUUAUCUCUAAAAUUUAGAUGAGCAAUCUAUUCAGAAUUGAUUUGUUGUAUGAUAUGGGUAGUUACUGCCGUUUUCUCUUACCUAAUAUGGCUAGCAAAUUUCAGUUUAUUCUGAAAAUGUUGUAUUACGCUCUCUUUAUAUGCUUUUGCUUAUCGUAGCUUCACCCAGUUAUGAUCACCUCGUUCUUAGUGCUGACUUUUCCAUGGAGUAUACUGGAAAGUUUCUCCAUUUACUCCUGUCUCUUGGAGUCUUUGGCAGUCUCACAGGACCACGGAAGUUACUCUUGGUGUCAGAUUCUUCAAUGAGUCUCUUUGCUCAGAAGAAUGAUUGUUACUACUAUUUAGAGGAAAAUGUGCUAAAUGACAGAAUGGCCCCCAGGGAUUUGGCAAUAGCAGUCAUCUUCUUAUCACAGACGAUAGUUGGAAUCCUGGGAAAUUUCUCUCUUCUUCACCAUUAUGUCUUCCAUUACCACACCGAAGGGAGUUUGAGACCCACAGAGUUGAUCUUCAUGCACCUGCUUAUAGCCAACUCCUUGACGAUGCUCUCAAAAGGUGUCCCCCAGACACUGGAAGCUUUUGGGCUGCAAUAUUUCCUCAAUGAGUUUGGAUGCAAACUUCUUUUGUAUGUUCAGAGGGUGGGCAGGGGAAUGUCCAUUGGCAGCACCUGCCUCUUGAGUGUCUUCCAGACCAUCACGAUCAGCCCCAUGAACUCCUGUUGGAAGGAUCUUAAAACUAAAGCCCCAAAGUACAUUGGCCUCUCCAUUUCCCUCUGUUGGAUCCAGUUCAUGUUUGUAAAUUUAAUUUUUCCUAUGUAUGUGUUAUAUGCAUCUAACAACUGGCACAUGAAAAACAUCACAAAGAAACGAGAUUUGGGGUAUUGUCUUUCUGUAGAUACUGAGACAAUCACAGUUUCUGUAUAUGCAGCAUUGAUAGUAUUUCCUGAAGUUUCACUUUCUGGGCUCACGAUCUGGACCAGCGGCUCCAUGGUCUUUCUCCUGCACAGACACAAGCAGCGGGUCCAGCACAUUCACAGCACUAAUGUCGCCCCCAGAUCCUCUGCUGAGUCCAGAGCCACUCAGAACAUCCUCGUCCUCAUGAGCACCUUUGUGUCUUUCCAUUUCCUCUCCUCCGUCUUUCAUGCUUGUAUUGCUCUUAUUUAUAAUCCCAGCUGGUGGCUGGUGAACACUGCUGCAGUAAUUUCCGUGGGCUUUCCAGCCAUCAGCCCAUUUCUGCUCAUGAGACAAGACUCCACAGUAUGUAGGCUCUGCUUUUCCUGGAUAAGGAACACAAAAUCCCCUAAUCUUACCAGAAGAAAUGUGAAUUGUAUGUGUCUGAGCAAUGCCCAGUUGUUUAUUUACUCCUCCUGCUGGAAAAGUCAAUACAGAACCUAGGAAGUAACCACAUGACUCUCCAGCGUGGACACUAAUGGGCAUUGGUGGUUGCAUCCCCUGGUUGAAAUGGGCCAUACACUGGCAGACUGGAAGUGGACAAAGCUGUUUGGCCUCAUUCUGAUGCCUAGUAUUCUGAAUACAGCUGUCUUAAUGAAAUGCUAUUGAGGGAAAUUGAGUGGAUUUGAUUCUAGCUUCUUAUCUGUUGAUUGGAGUGCUUCACUCAGGGAUGUACUCAUAGAAAAAUCUGCCAGAGUUUAAUACUGUGAAAAAUGGGUUAUCAAUAUUGUUGGAAGGCAAUUCUCCAUGGGUUUCUCAUGUAUGUGCAUGUCUUGUGGGCAGAGGCACGGGGAACUUUUGUUCUGGACUGUUUUUCAUAGAUGUUUGUAUAAAGAAGUACCUUUGAAGAUAAUAGAUGAGUGUCAUCCUUUGGAGCAGUGGACAGAUUAAUUUGUUGUACAGGAAAAUAAGAAACUUUAGCCGAGAAAUGGCAGUGACAAAGGUGACAAGAAUUUUGGAGAUCUGAGGAGAAAGUUAAGCCUGAGAAGUCUGCUUGAACAUCCAGUGGAGUCCUGAGACAUAGUGAGUUAGAAAAUCCUCAAAUUUGAAAGGGUAUCUGAGUCCUCAUCUAAGAGCUUCAGGAACCACACCAUCUCCCCUCCACAAUAAGUGCUGGUUGCCACCAUUCUAGGAAAGUCAUUCCUUGAAAACAUCUUCCUGGUGAGUUUAAACUAAAAUUGGAAGUAGAUGCCCAGAGCCAGCUUCAAAUAUGUCCCACUAUAAUAACCUUGCUUGAGAUACGUAUCAGCUUUUAAUGUCGCAUGGCUUCAUUCUCAGACUGUGCUCAGAAAAAAGGUGAUAGCCUCUCAGGUGCUAUAUGUCUGUGCGGAGGACAGAGGAUGCAGGUUUAUUUGGGAUCCUAUGCCCCAAAGCUGCAGGUUCCAAAGGAUGAGAAUUUAGCCCCAACUGAAUGAUGAUGGUCCUAGAAGAAUCCUAGGAUGAAUGGUGAUUCUAGGAGACUGAAAUCAGUAGGGCAUUAAGGAGAGAAUGUGAAAUGAUAUGUCCCAUUCAAGAGGGAAAUCCUCCUGCCCCAGACAAAAGUGUGGUUCAAAACCUUGUGAGCGAGACAACCCAUUCCUGCCACAGAAAGGGCACACUCUCCCAAAACUUGAAGUCAAAAAGAAGAUGAAACAUACGUAUCAGUUACUGCACCCCAGAAAACAAAGAAUUUGACCUUUUUUGUUGUUGGCAUAAAUCCAAGUCAAAGUCAGCUUCUGACAGAGGUGAAAUCCACCUGAAAUCAGAUCUUUCUUUGUGAACAGUAGAGACUCUGAAAUUUGGGAAAGUGAGACAGUCACUGGCCCAAUCCCAGGGGAGAAGCUGUGCUUUUCAUAUGGACCGCAAAUCUGGGAGGAGAGUCAGUUCAAGGAGUGAUUCCUGCCCAGACAGUGCCCAUGGAUGGACACUUGAGUGACUGCAGGGAUUCUUCCUAACUUGAACAAAGGACAGUGAUGAGUCUUACAUUCAACGUCCAAAAACCCACCUCUGGGAGCCGGAGAUCUCUCCUCUUUCCUCUUUACAGGUUCUCUCUCUCUCUCUCUCUCUCUCUCUCUCUCUCUCUCUCUCUCUGUCUCUCUCUCUCCCUCUCUCCCUCUCUCCCUCUCUCCCUCUCUCCCUCUCUCCCUCUCUCCCUCUCCCUCUCUCUCUCCCUCUCUCCCUCUCUCCCUCUCCCUCUCCCUCUCCCUCUCCCUCUCCCUCUCUCUCUCCCUCUCUCCCUCUCUCCCUCUCUCCCUCUCUCCCUCUCUCCCUCCCUCCCUCCCUCCCUCCCU